CCCUCCUCCUCCACUUUAUUCUCUCCUCCGACCUCCUCUGUUCUCCGUCUUCACUCCUCGGUCGUUUGGCGGUGCAUCGAUAAUACUGCAGACAUCGUCCUUUCGAUUUUCUUAUUCGACGCGGACCAUCACUACCAGUGUUUUAAUGUCACGUCGCGAAAGACGCACAACAAAAUGGAGCUAUCAAACAAACUCCGUUGGGACCAAUUCCUGAUUUUGGCAGCAGCACUUAUGUCACCUGCAAUCACGGUGCUGUGUAAUGAUAUCCUCAGCCUGAAGGUGGCAGGAGAUCCAGUGCUAACCCCUAACUCUGUGUGCCUCAGGCUGGCAGGCCUCAGUAAACGUCAGAUGCGGAUGUGUGUGAGGAACCCUGAUGUGACAGCAUCUGCUCUGCAGGGGAUCCAAGUGGCCAUCCAUGAAUGCCAGCACCAACUCCGGGACCAGCGCUGGAACUGCUCCUCGCUGGAGGGCUUUGGCAAGCUGCCGCACCACAACUCCAUCCUCAACAGGGGUUUUCGGGAGAGUGCCUUCUCUCUGGCCUUGCUGGCGGCGGGCGUGGCUCACUCUGUGGCCUCGGCUUGCAGCAUGGGCAAGUUGCGGGGGUGUGGCUGCGAGGCCAAGCGUCGCCAGGACGAUGACAAGAUCCGGCUGAAACUCACACAGCUGCAGCUGCAGACGCUUCAGAAGGGUGGGGCAGGCAUCGACUUAACACGGUCAUUACCCUCAGAGCUGAAUGGUCAUCGUGGCAGCCUGCCCACUAACCUGCGCUCAGCCCACCCCUCAGCCCUUCUCAAGCCCUUACCGGAUGAGCUAAGCUCUAUGCAAGACACCUGGGAGUGGGGGGGGUGCAGUCAUGACAUCCGUUUCGGGGAUCGCUUUUCCAGGGACUGGCUCGACUCCCGGGGGUCUCCAAGAGAUAUCCACGCCCGCAUGAGGAUACAUAACAACCGUGUGGGACGACAGAUAGUGACUGACAACAUGACAAGGAAAUGCAAAUGUCACGGCACAUCAGGGAGCUGUCAGUUUAAGACCUGCUGGCAUGUAUCUCCAGAGUUCCGUCUUGUGGGCUCCAUACUCAAAGAAAAGUUCCUGACAGCCAUUUUUGUCAACUCUCAGAACAAGAAUAAUGGGGUUUUCAACCCUCGGACAGAAAACGGUGCCAGCGGAACCCAAGGGGGUCUCGGCGGAGGGCGUCGUCGAAUCAUGUCCAGAGAGCUGGUGUACUUUGAGAAGUCUCCUGACUUUUGUGAGCACGACGUGUCCAUAGACUCUCCGGGAACACACGGACGCAUCUGCAACAAAACUAGCUACAGCACAGACAGCUGCAGCUCGCUGUGCUGCGGCCGUGGACACAACAUCCUGAAACAGACACGCAGCGAGCGCUGCAAUUGCAGAUUUCACUGGUGUUGUUACGUGCUGUGCGAGGAGUGUCGUCACACAGAGUGGGUCAACGUGUGCAAGUAGACGUCAGUCUGUUCCCCCCUCAGUUCGAGCGGCUUUUACUCAUCCAGGACUCAAGAUGGCGAGCCUGUCCCUUCGCCCACUCAUGUUGUUCGAGCUUUUGUUUUUGCUCCUUGUGCAACUCUCCCAGAGAUCCUGUUUACCCCCCACCCACCCUCUUUUUUUAAGUCCAUCAUCUGGGAUCUAUUUUCUUUUUGUAGACGCUGUUAUUCUCAAAAUGCCAAGUCAGAGAUUGAAGAGGUGACUCAUGUCAUUUGUCUUCCCAUGGCCUGUUUAGACGCUGGCCUUUCAGCCAUGAAAAUGGCCCAUACUUCAUCGUUUGAGACCCACAAAGAAAAAGAAAGAAAAUGCAACAGCAGAGGAGCUUCAGCGUCUACAAGCUGACUCAUCUUAUUGUACAGUAACAGUUUAUUUGAAUGUGUAUGUCUAUAAUUGUAAAUGUAUUAUUAUUAAUAUUAAUAUUGUACUAGAGCCUGUCUUUUUUCAGUGAAUGACAGAUUGAUGGUGGCCAUGUGGUCAGCAUGGUGAAGCAGUGUGCAGACCUAACAGUCUCAUUUUCUUUCUCCAUUUGCACCAAAAUAAUACUCGUGUGUGACUCUGAAAAGUACUAAUUUGGGAACUUGUCUCACAAUCUCUCUUUACUGAUCAAAGAAGACAAAUUUUUUUUGGAAGGGCGAAUGAAUUUGACACAGCGCUUUCUCACAUGCAGGACUUUCAGAUGCUCGUCCAAGCUUGUACACUUGAAAAACUCAAGAUGGGAAACUGGAAGCAACAAAUCUCUAGAUUGUACGACUAAUGAUUCAGAUUUAUAUAUUUAUAUAAUGGUAACAAUAGUAAUCACUUCAUGAGAAUGGUUGCUAGUGGUCAUGUUUUUUAUGACUCUGUAUCAUUAUUGUGGCAGCAAAAAUGCUGUCUCUUGGGUAUGACUGUACUGUGAUUUGUGUCACUUUCCUAUGAAAUUGUGACUGGGCUCUUGAUAUUUCGUGCUUGCUUUUGUCCAUUUCAUCAGUCUGAGCACUCCUUAGAUUCUUCCCACAUGUACUACAUGUCAAAGUGAGAGAUGGACCUACUUUAGUCCUGAAAUGACGCUGAAGAGUGUGCGUCUGUUGCUGUGUAAAUGGGGGGUAGGCUCUGUGCACUACAGAUUUGGGAGGUGAGAGCCUUUUUUAUGGCCACUUCAUGCUGAGAGAAGGACUUUUUAUGGCUGCAGGAUAUUGUUUCCUUAAAGUAUGACUUUUAUUACUGGAGAGAAGCAUCAAGAGAGCAGAGAAUGGGGGUGAUUAUACCAGUCUUUGCUGUGCGAGCAUCUAAGGGGAUCAUCUGUCCAGAGUUCAUAGCCAAGGAAGGGACUUGUUGAACCACGUGCUUUGGGGACGCUGUAUCCCUGUUACCUGGGAGACAGACUACACAAAUAUAAACACAUGCACAUAAAUGCUUGCAUGGGUUGGUUUACGUACCAAGACAUGUAGGAACGCUGGCACCCGACGCUCAAUCAAAAACAUGCAUGUUGUUGCGCACAAAUGAACUGUAGAUUUAGCAAAAUGCUCCUGUCGCCACUUGACUCGAUUUAUGAUAGCAGCAUUCCUCGAUAUCUUAGAUAAUCCAAACCGUCUCCAUGCUUGGCCUGCUGGGAAAAGCUUUUUUUUGCCACAUAGGAUUUAAUGCCAAUUAAGUCCUGUUUGCAUGGACUUUGGUAAAUAUCCCUGAACUCCGAAGGAAUGACAGCGCCAGUGGCUGAAUUGAGCACUUGAUCUUUUUUGGUAUUUAGAGAGGGAGCAAAAAAAAAAAGAAGACAGCGAAGAGGUAUGGAAUGAUAAGGGCUUGGAUUUCUGGUUUGGAUUUCUUCAUUCCUUUAUCAUUUCACCCUGGAGCUGCUGCGAAAGGGAAUUUCCUGUCACUGUUUCUAACCAUGUGUGAGACAGAGGUUGGUGGACAGCCUGGGAUUGCUUUCUCUCUCUUGCUCUGUUUCUCUUACUUCGCCCCUUUCCCCAUUCUCCCCUUCAUCAUUGCAGACAGAGACACAUACAUAGCAACACAUUGACUGCCCCCACCCCCCCUGCAGUAAUGACAUCCAGACUGGGCUGAAAUUAAAGAGAGGCAGGCAGAGAGAGAGGAAGUAAGGAGAGAUAAAAGUUACCCACUUUGACUGACAGCAUGAUUAUAUGUAUAAAUAAGGCGAUUUAGCGUGUUUAGUUGGAUAUGAAGAUAGCGAGAUAGAUUUUGCUGCACAUACGGCAGAGAUGCACAAGCAAAGGACAAAUCGAGUGUGGCGAACGGGGUGAAUAAAGUGUACUCUGUAUAAAUAUAUGCCUCGAAACAUCUGCUUCUCAACUCCCCUUUCAUUUUUGAUGUGGGACAGGCAGAGGAGAGCGGGAGAGAAAACACAAGGAGCCAGCUACCCAGAACAUCAAAGCCCCUGCCCUCAACGUGCAGGCCCUCAUUAGUUCAGCUAGCAGAACCAACGAGACUUGUGAUUGUGUUUGCUGGGGUGCACGCUGGCAGACACUUCAGAGGAAAGGCUCCCUUAAGUCAUAACUCCCCACCCUACCUCUCCUGCCACCACCCGGGCCCGCUUUAACCCCCCUGUAACCCUCUCCAAACUCCCCGCGCACACAAACUCCUGCAUGCUCACCCCACCAUCCACUCCACCCCGUAAUCUGGUCUGCAGCUGCAAACAUCUGCUCCCCUCUUUAUUCCUCGCUGCCUCCACCGCUGAAUUGAUAAACACAUCUAUUACUGGACCACUGACUGGCACACAGCACGGAGGAGGAAUGAGGCAAAUGUUGGA